CGUAAUUACACCAUCUCGCCGGUCACCGUCGGCCGUCCUCGUCGUGCUCUACCCAACGACGGGCGCCGCGGUCAGCGAGCACGCGAGCACACACGUGUUCCGACUACCUCCCGAACCCUUCGCCUUCUCCACCGAACCGAGCCCCCGACGCCGACGGCCAUGUGCAUCGCGGCGUGGACAUGGCAGGCUCACCCGGCGUACGGCCUGCUCCUCCUCUUCAACCGCGACGAGUUCCACUCCAGGCCGACGCGGCCAGCGCAGUGGUGGGCCGCCGCGGGGGAGGGCGAGGAGAUCCUCGGGGGCAAGGACGAGCUAGGCGGGGGCACGUGGCUGGGGUGCACUAAGGGAGGGAAGUUGGCCUUCCUGACGAACGUCCGGGAGCCCAGCCCCCGGGUUGGGGCGAGGUCCAGAGGGGAGCUUCCCGUCAGGUUUCUCCAGGGCAGGCAGGGUCCAUUGGAGUAUGCAACUGAAAUUGCAAAGGAAGCAGAUCAGUACAAUGGUUUUAAUCUUGUAUUGGCCGAUGUGCGUUCAGGAACCAUGGUGUACAUCUCUAAUAAGCCAGGUGACGCUCCUGUGGUUCAAACAGUUUCUCCUGGGUGUCAUGUGCUUUCUAAUGCUGCUAUUGAUUCCCCUUGGCCAAAGGUGUUGCGCUUGGGACAGAGCUUCAACGGAUUUCUUGCAGCACAUGAUGACGCAGAAGUCUCUUUGAAGCAGAUGGUUGAAGAACUGAUGACAGAUACGGUCAAAGCUGACAGAUCUGUGGUGCCUGACACUGGCGUGGAUCCUGACUGGGAAUACGAGUUGAGCUCUAUAUUCAUCGACACGAAAAAGGGACAGGCAAGAUACGGGACACGAAGCAUGGCUGCCAUUGGGGUGAAACUGGAUGGUGAGGUAACUUUCUACGAGAAGUCCUUGGCCAGCAGCUUGUGGAAUGAGAAUGUAGUACAGUUUGAAAUGGAGAUGGCACAAUAGCAAGACGCAAGGAACAUAUAGUGGGUGUGAGUGUUUGCACAGGGAAACUGAGGGUGUUAGACACGAUUGUAUGAUACCGGUGGUUGUGACUCAGAAAGCAGAAACCGAUGCAUUGCAAUCUCAAAGUCUUUGAAGUCCACUGUACCCCCAUGUUUUGUUCUUCUUUUUCGAAUUAAGGAGGAGAGCUCCCAAUUUCAUUUCA